AUGAGCGAGGAAGCGACACCACUAGUUGAUUCUAGCCACGUCGAACUGAUAAUACGUUCGGCAAGCCAAUCGACAGAUGAUUUCACUUUUUCAUGUCCUCCUAAUUGGUCAAUCAGACAAUUAAAGGAGCACGUCCAGCUUGUGGCAACAUCUCACCCGGUAGCUUUCUGUUACUAGAACUAGAGUUGAUAAAAUGGAAGUUCAGCCAAUAUCCACUCAAAGGCUCAUUUAUGCAGGAGCCGCUCUCAAUGAUUCCAUGAUCAUCUCGGAUAUCAUGAAACAAAGGUUUUUCUAUAUAUUCUAUUUUUUUCAAAUCCGCACUUUUAGUUUUCAAAAGGCACGAUAUUCAUAACUCGAAAUUACGCUGAAAACCACUGUUCGCCUUCUCACUAUGAAGAAUUUUUGCACCUUUUAGAAGGCAUCGAAAAGUAUUCUCCACUGACUAACCUCUCAUUAUAAUUGGACCUUUUUUCUCUUGGAAAGUCAUUUUAACGUCCAGUUUUUUAGAAGAGUUGUGGACGGACCUCAAGUAUUUCACCUCGUAUGUCCUCCCAUUGAAAACUCACAGAACAUACGACAAAGGAACGUUAAUAAUCUUUCGUGAGUUUUUUUAAAGUUCAGUUAGAAUACAAAUGUAAAUACUUGUAGAAACCCGGUGAUUUCUUCUCAGCCCACGAACGGAGCACCACCAGUCAACUAUCAGACUUGGGAAAACUGGCUGUCUUCUCAAAACCAGAGCCAAGGCCAGACCGCCAAUCUACAGUAUCAGCAGUACUACGCCUCUUACUACCAACAGUCAGUUUUCGGUUUUAAAAUAAAAGCGAAAAUGUAUCAUUGAAGAUGGGCGAACUACCAUCAGCAGUACUAUGCUGCGAUGACCGGCAUGGUACCAGCCCCUCCUCAACAAAUUACGUUCAACGCCAAUUUGAGUGAGUUCCUCGAAAAAGUUCAACCUGUUCUGCAAAAAAAGGAAAACACUUUUCAUGUUUUUUCGUUUCAGAUGAAGCCGCUCACGCUGCUCCUCUCCAAGGAAAUCCGCAAGUUCAGGCGAUUGGAAACGCCCAAAAUGUUUGUAUUUAUUCGAAAAACUUCUAACUUUCUUUUUUUCAGUUUAUGCCGGGAAAUAACAUCGCUGUAGCUGAACGAGUCGACGCUUUGGAGAUUUUCUACCGUCUCUUCAAAUUUGUUCUUCUUUUUUCGGUGAGUUAUUAGAAGUAAACUUUUUUUUUUGUGGGAAAUGAUUUUUGAUUGAAAAAAAUGCUUUAAAGUUUGUUAGAGAAUAUUCUAUCGUCAAACCAUUCAAAUAUUCAUAUAUUAAAGAAAAAAUUCAGACGAAAGAGUAUAUCCCUUUUUCCUGUUUUGAUCUGAUUUCGAGCUUUCUGAUCACAUUUUCAAUGUCCCAUUGAACCAACUUCAGUAAUGAAUUGAGUUCUGUAACUUGAAUUGGAAAUUUACUUGAAGGUUGAUAAUUUAAUUGAUAUCGCUCAAAUUUGUGCUAAAAAAAUAAUGCAAAUGGAAAAUGAUUGAGUUUUUCUUUGAAUAAAAAAACAAAAUGGGAAAUUGAGAAAGCGAACGGAUGAAUUCGUUUAUGCGAACUUCCAACCUAUUUCACUUCUUUCCUGGUUUCUUUCAAUCCUUCUUUCAAAUGUUUUUUCUUUCGAAUUUGAUUGAUUCAUAUUCAUAAUGCUUUUUGAAAAAUUAUCGAUGUUAUAAUAAUCGACUUUUGUGGAAAUCUAUCAUCUUUUUUUUUUAAAAGAACUUUGAAAAAUAUAUAUAUAUAUACUUUUUGCUCGAAAAAUCCAUCCAAAAAAAGUUUUACACCGUUUUCUGCAUAUUUUUGACUUGCCCGGUACCCUUUGGUGCUUAGCAGAUGAUUAUUUUCUUCUUUUUUUUGUAUCUUUGAAUACCGGUCACAGUAAUCUGGACCAAAGUUUUCAAUGUUCACCUUAAACAUUUCCCUCGACACUGAAUAUAUCCCAUUGAUAUCUUUAGGCCGUGCUGUUGUACGCCUCCUUCGAGCGAUUCGCCAUCGUUCUUGGCCUCACGCUUUUCCUCUGCUUCAUUCAACUCCGUCGUCAUCACGCCCGCAACAACAACCAGCGACAGACGCCCGCCGCUCCCGCCGCUGGCGCCAACGAUCCGGCCGUCCAAGUUAAUAACAACAAUGCCGGAGAGAGCGAAAAUGCUUAUGUCAGUCGCCAAUACUGGUUUUCGAACUUCUUUUUGAUUCAUGUACUGUUCAAUAACUUUUGAUGGUACAUAUAUGUAUCAAAAAAACUUAAUAUUACAAUAUUUAGUCUCUUUUUUUGUUAACAAAAAAAGUGCCAGAGAAAAACGAAACUGUGAAAUAUAUAUACUGAGUUUCGCGCGUUUAAUUAAUUUUUUUCUCUACUUUUUUUAUUUUUUUACUGGUAGCAUAAUAAUUCCCAUGGUCACUAUGGCUGGUUUCAAAAAUUUGGAAAAAAAUAAUACGGUUUCUGAGACUUUCGAGCUUCUUUUUGGGCUAUGUUCAAUUAAAAACAUUGAGCUUUCAAGAAACACGUAAUUUUUUCGACAAAUAUGGUUCAUCUUUUACUUUUUUUGAUUGAGCUCGAAAACUUAUUUUAACCUCGAAGUUUUGGAUUAUGGUUUUCUGAAGAGAAAAAUUCAUCAUUUAAAAUUUUUUCAUUUUGACUAGAGAUUUAUAGUGACAAGAAGCUUAUGCAUUUUUAUUUACUUGAACAUAUUUUCGGACUUCAGAAUUUGAUAUUAAUUUAGUUUUCAUGUUUUUAAUAAGAUUUGGUUUCGAUAAUUCACAACAUUUCAUCAACCUCCAUUGUCAAAAGCAGAAUUUUCUAGGUCUUGAGGCAACUUCCAAAAAAAAAAGUGUACCGUAUCAAUUGACAUUUUUGAUGCCGUGUUCAAAGUGAUUCCGUGAAAUUUAAAAUAGCCGUCAGAGGAAGAAAACCAAAACUAAACUUAUCAGAGAUAAUUUUGCAUUUCAUAGAAAUUACGUUCAUUUUUCCAGGACGCUCCUGCUCCGCCCGCACCUUCUGGAGUCUACGUGUUCGUCGCGACCUGCUACUCGUUCAUCACCUCGUUCUUCGCCUCACUCGUUCCUGACCACCCCGUGCCUGUAGAUAUCAACUAG